AUGGGCGAACAACUCCCGCCAUCGGGGCGUGCCGAACUCCGCGUCCCGGCGCUCUUUGUUUUUACUUGCGGCAAAGGCAACGAGGUAAAAUUGCGGGUGUGGAUCGACGGCCUUAUAUGCGCGACUGUUGCUUUUGGGCUGGGGACGGCUGUCUGGGCUCCACCCCCAGACGCCGCAAUGGGGAUGGAGCCCCCGGAGAGACUUGUGGCGACAGCUCCAUCGCCAUCAAAGAAAAGUCCAGAGGGCCUCGCGGAGCCUCCGCCAACGACAUUCAUGGUCACAGCCGACGCCUUUCACACAGCCGCAUUGGGGAAGGGGGCGGAGCCCUCAGAGAGCGUUGUGCGGCCAACUCCAUCGCUGACGGGGUCGGCGCCCUCGGAUGGCUUUGUGCAGGAGAUACCGUCGCUGUCAAACAACAGCUUGGAGUUUGUCUUUUCCAAGCUUGGGCAACAGCUUGGGGGUCCGGGGAGAAGCGUGCUUGUCUGCUUCUUCAUUCUCCUCACUUCGUGGCUACUGUAUGGAAAGGAGUACGUCCAUGCGAUAGCACCCUUGAUAGUCAGCACGUGGAGCGAGGGUGGGAUAACCAGCAUCUUUCGGCUGCUUUUGGAGUGGGUGAGCGGGUACGGACUGAUACAGGGGCUGAUAUACGUGUGCGUGGCCUUGCUAUUCGCGGUGUCUUCCUUCUACGUCUUCGAGAAGCUCAUGAAUGGCGCGGAAUUCGCCGUCCUAGGAGCCAUCUCGCUGGCGGACGCCAACUUCGAAACGGGCCGACCGCCGGCAGAGUCUACGAUUGGCGGCCAGACCACGUGCAUCAUUUGCUUCACCAACCCCAAAUCCCACCUAGCGACGCCGUGUGGCCACCAGUGCGCUUGCGGCCGGUGCUCUGCAAGGUUGGAGAAGUGCCCAAUCUGCCGUGCACCGGUCACGGGGUGGUUUGAGGUGCACGUGGCGUGA